AUGGCCGAGACCAAGAUCUACAGUAGCGCCGACCUAGCCAAGCACAACACCAAGGACAGCCUCUUCCUGGCCAUCCACGGAAAAGUCUACGACUGCUCCGGAUUCAUCGACGAGCACCCCGGUGGAGAGGAGGUCUUGCUGGAUGAGGCCGGCCGCGACGCAUCCGAGUCCUUUGAGGAUGUUGGACACUCGGACGAGGCCCGCGAUAUCAUGUCGAAGCUCUAUGUUGGAGAGUACAAGACCGAUGGUACCGAGAAGACCAAGCCAAAGACCUAUGCAAGCACCCCCAAGCCCAUCCCCGCUGCCGAGCCCUCUGGAGACUCUGGAAGCCUCCAAUAUGCUCUUGCAUUGGCUGUAGUCGCAGGAUGUGUCAUCUGGAAGGUCUUGCUGUGA